AUGAGCCAUGUCACCACUUCAGAACAAGCAGGGGGCGAAACACAGGGCAGCUCCCAACCAGCUGUUACGAGCGUGACGGACACGGAGACACCAGAGGCGUCGGCAGGCCCCAGAGAAAGGGAAGCAAUGGCGGGAGUCUCCACCACAUUACCUAAGAGAAAUUCUUUCUCUCCUGCUAUGGUGACCUUACCUCUGACCUCUGACCUACUAAAGACUUCAGACAUAAUGGCCACACUCGAAAUCAUAUCACACACCUCCCUCAGGAACAGCGAGGAGAUUGUCACAUCCCCACAAAUCAGCCCAGAUGCAGAGACACUCACUGUCCUUCCUAGUGUUCACACGGGGACUCUGUCUGAAGCACUCAGGACAGUGGUCACCUCCUCCUCCAGCAGGACAUCUGUCCCUGGCCUAGUGCAGUCCACGGUCUCGCCAGGGACUUACCGUGGACCCAGAACCGGCCUCCCUAGCUCCACCAACGUGGCAGAACAACCAGAAAGGCUCAUCAUGACCCACGCGAGCUCCACUGACUCUGCACCUCCAGAGACUCUCAGCUUAGCCAUGUCCACAAGCCCCUGGACAAAGACUGACCAGGCUGGAACUCAAGGGCCUGUCCCCUCAGAGAUGGUUGCAACUGUGAGUGAGGAAUCCACGAGCAAACAGCAGCCUCAUUUGAGAAGUCCCACGCCAGAGCAACUGAGCACAUCAGGGGUCGCCCGGGAGAGCGAGGUGCCUCAUCGUUCUGAAAUCAUGGCUGCUUCCACAGGGGAAACCCCCAGAUCUGAACCUGAGUCCCGGGUCUCGGACCUGGCUGAGCUGCAGCACUCAAUACCCACAUCUGGAGUCCAAAGUUCGUCUACACCUGGGCUCCCCACAAUUCCCACACCCAUGUCUGCUGCUUCAGACACACCGAAGUCCAAGGGCAGCACUGAGGGGUUCAGGACCUCCCAGUGGAGCAACAGGGAGACCAACACCAACACUGUCACCCCUGAACCAACCGCUCUGAAGGGGACUGAGAUGUUAGGAACGGAAGUCACCAUCCCCAGGAAGACAUUUAUUCCCAAUUCAGUGUGGUCCACGCUGUCAACAGGCCUCCCUUCAGGAUCCAACACCAUCAUGGCAGAACCUACAGAGAUGGCCGUCACCGCCUACCGAGGCUCCCCUGACGUCCCCUCAGAGGGAACCCUCAGCUCUGACACGUUGACCAGAGUGCCCAGGGAACAGACAGGUGCGGAUGUGGGGCAGAGUAUCACGCCCUCAGAGAUGCCCACAGGCACGAGCAGGGGGCCGGAGGGGGUAUCACAGAUGGAGCCUUCCUCUGAGGCAGACACCAGCACAGCUCGCUUCUCAGUGGCCUCAGCUGACAGGACCUCACCUUCAACAGUCUCCACCACAUUGCCUGAGAGAAGUGCUUCCUCUCUUACUACCAUGACCUCACCUUUGACCUCUCACCCGCUGAAGACAUCAGACAUGGUGGGCACAAUCUUGGCACCUGGAACCAGCUCACCUCCAAGCUCGACCAGCUCCACAGUUGACACACAAGUCAUUUCUAAAGUCACCACAGAUCAGGGGGAAAUUCACCUUUCCCAGACCACAGCUGUGCCCAAGAAGGAGCCCAGCACUGAGUCAACUCCCUUCCUGAGGAGCACUGAGGAGAUCAGUCAUGACCACAAAACCACCACAAACACCGACACCUCCAUUGUUCCCUCUCACCUGCCCACUGACACAGUCACAGAGACACUCAGGACCGAAGCCACCUUCUCCAAACACACAACCACAGCUGUCUUGGGACCAUCCACGGUGUCCACAGAGAUGUUCACAGGAACAGACACCACACCGUCAGCCCAUGAAAUCAAGGACACUACAGAGGCCUCCAUCCUGACCCUCAUGGUUCCCAAUGGCCCUACACCACAGGGUUAUUUGAGCUCAAUUGUCCUGAACACCAGUCCUCAGGCAGAGAAUGACCCAGAUGUCACCCAGAGUCCCGCACUCUCAGAGAGGACAUCCAGCAGGAACAUAGAGUCUGAUGACAAGUCAUCGACAGAAACUUCCUCUGGGGCCGACACCAGCAUGGCCCCCUUUCUGUUGCCCUCAGCUGACAGGACCUCACCAAUCCUAGUCUCCUCCACAUUACCUCAGAAUAAUUCUUCCUCACUUGAAACUAUAACUUCUCCUCUGACCUCUGACCUGCUGAAGACAUCGGGCAUGGUGGGUACAAGCUCGGCACCUGGAACCAGCUCACCUCCAAGCUCGACCAGCUCCACAGUUGACACACAAGUCACUUCUGAAGUCACCACAGAUCAGGGGGAAAUUCAACUUUCCCAGACUACAGCUGUGCCCAAGGAGGGGUCCAGCGGUGCUGCACAGGAAACACUGUCCUCGGUGUCACCUGACCAGGAGACAUCCAAAGUUACAUCUGUGAUAGCGACUCAUUUCUCUGACAGGAACACCAAUGUUUCCACACCAAUGCCUGGUUCUCUGGAAACUGCAGAUGCUGAGGAGGAAUCAGCUAUCUCAGGGAAGAUGAGCACUGAGGAGACCAGCUCCACACCUGAUCUCCAAGCCACCUCUGUGUCCAUCUCCCCUCCAGGGACAAUUAAGCUUUUUCAACUCACAACUGGUUCCACUGAGUCCACCAGUCCUGGGAAGCCCGCCAGUGCUGAGAGGGAGCUUCCUACCUCAGUCUCCCCUAAGAAGGAACCAUCACGACACACACCACUGCUCCUAACGGCCACCAAGGCACAUGCCACCAUUUUCCCAGUCACAUCUGAAUCUUCUGGAACAGCAAAGUUGGAGGUUCUGUCAACUCCAUCCUUGAGGAGCACUGAGGAGAUUGUCACCUCCCGAACGACCAGCAGGAACACAGAGACAAUCUCUGUCAUUUCUGGGAUUCCCACAGGGACUUCGUCUGAGGCACUCAGGACAGAUGUUAGCUACUCCAGCCAUACAUCAAUCUCUGGUGCAACCAAGUCAACAAUGUCGCCAGAUGUUUCCACAGUAUUGAACACUGGGCACUCACAUUCAACUGUCAUGGUUGAACCUGCAGAAAUGACCAUCAGUAACCAUACAGCAUCCCCUCACUCUACACCACAGGUGACACAUAAGUCCAACAUACCAGCCACAGUCCCCUCCACAGAGACAGACUCAGCAGGGACUCAUGGUUUUGCAUCUUUAGAGAUGUCCACUGUCCUGAGCACGGUAUCUGAGGGAGUGUCCCAGAUGGAGCCUUCCUCUGGGGCAGACACCAGCACUGCUGCCUCUUCUGUGCCCUCAGCUGAUGAGACCUCACCAAUCCCAAUCUCCUCCACAUUACCUCAGAGUACUGCCUCCUCUCCUGCUUCUGUAACUGCAACUCUGGCCUCUGACCUGCUGAAGACCUUGGACAUGGGAAAUCAAGAGGCCAUCACCUCCCAGCAGACCACCUUGAGCAGUGAGACAACUCCUAUCGUCCUUUCAUAUCUUCCUACUGGGACUCCAUCUGAGACAAUGGAGACAGAUGUCACCUCCCCCAGCAUGACUUCUAUCACUGGAAUGACUCAGUCCACACUAGACUUUGCUACAGGAUCCAUCACAGAGUUCUCUAGCUUCACCUUCAUGGUUCAGCCUACAGAAACAACAGUCACCACCCACACAGGGUCCCUUCCAACUAUAACACAGAAGACUCUGAGCUCAGAUACACCCACCACAGUCUUCUUUACAAAGACGGACUCAGAGAGGAUGCAGGAUGUCACACCUACAGAGAUGUCCACUCUCCUCAGCACAGAAUCUAAAGGGGUAUCAUGGACAAAGCCUUCCUCUGUGGCAGACACCAGCACUGCCGCCAUCUCUGUGCCCUCAGCUGAUGGGACCUCACCUGCCCCACAGUUCUCCACAGUCUCUGGGACUCACCCUUCCUCUGCUGCAAUUUCAGUGUUCCCCAACACCUCUGUGUCAUUUGAGAAUAUUAAUAUGGCAGGCACAAGACCCACCUCGUCUGAUUCAACAGGACUUGAGGCUGAGUCUACUCCUUCUCUUAGCACCCAAGACACCUCCACUUCCCAGCAGACCAUGUUGAGCACAGACAAAUCACCUAUCCUUUCAGUCCCCACUGGGACUCCAUCUGAGACACUUGGGAAAGAUGUCACCUCCACCAGCAUGACCUCGAUCACUGGCCCAGUUUGCACCCAAGAGACCAUCACUUCCCAGCAGACCACUUUGAGCACAGGGACAGCCCCUGUCCUUUCAGUCCCCACUGGGACUCCAUCUGAGACACUUGGGACAGAUGUCACCACCCCCAGCAUGACCUCUAUCACUGGACCAAGUCAGUCCUCACCAGACUUUGCCACAGGAUCCAGCACCAGGUUCUCUAGCUCCACCGGCAUGUCCUCCACAGUCUCUGGGACUCACCCUUCCUCUGCUGCAAGUUCAGUGUCACCCUACAGCUCUGUGCAGUUUGAGAUGACUAGCGUGGCAGACACAAGUUUGGGGAUUGGUACCACUUCACAUCCAAGUUGGAGAAUUACCACGGAGACACUAGAAUCUUCUGAAGCCACCACAGGAAGUGAGGUGACUCCUGCUUCCAAAAUUACAGAGGGAGCCAGCGUGGACACCACCAGUUCUUUGUCUGAAUCUCCUUCCUCACCUGCUGCAGGUUAUACCUCUUCUAUGGUAACUCCUUCCACCCAAAGUCACAGUGCUAUCCCGACAUCUGGACCUGCCUCAUCUGAAUCUAAAAAACUUGAGGCUGAGUCUACUCCUUCUCUUAACACCCAAGAGACCGUCACUUCCCAGCAGACCACUUUGAGCACAGGGACAACCUCUGUCCUUUCAGUCCCCACUGGGACUCCAUCUCAGACACUUGGGACAGAUGUCACCACCCCCAGCAUGACUUCUAUCACUGGACCAAAGACCAUCACUUCCCAGCAGACCACUUUGAGCACAGGGACAGCCCCUGUCCUUUCAGUCCCCACUGGGACUCCAUCUGAGACACUUGGGACAGAUGUCACCACCCCCAGCAUGACCUCUAUCACUGCCUCAGCUGUCACUCAGGGUUUCCCACCUUCAGACAUGACCUCUGUCCUGAGCUCAGUCUCCAAAGGAGUGUCAUGGACGGAGCCUCCCUUCCCCUGGACGGAAACCAGCACCGUCCGCUUGCUGGAGACCACCAUCAACACUCACACCAUCUCUGUCUCCCCUGAUGUGCCCACUGGAACAUUCGGAACACCCAUCCGUGACCUGGCUCAGUCCACGAUGUCCCCAGAUAUGCCCACCGAAUUCAGCACCAGGCUCUCUCCUUCCUCCAAUAUGGCAAAACCUCCAGAAAUGACCAUCACUCCCAGCACAGUCUCCACUGACACAGAAGCCAUCACUUAUGUCACCUCAGUCUUGGCUACUGGCUCUGCUUUGCCCACCUCCGACUCCAGCACUGAAUCAGAAAGUACUGCUGGACCCAAGGGAACGAUGUUGCCUUCCAUGAGUGCUUCCAUGGAAACACUAGCCACGGAGGCCACGGAGACCACGGAGGCCACGGAGGCCAUGGAGGCCACAGAAGCCACAGCUUCCCUCAGUAUCACCCCAAUGCGGAGCAUCAGCUCAGCAGCCUCCUCAGCUAAUCCACUUUCAUCCACGCAGUCAGGUCCGGGGGGUGCUCCGGAGUCUACCAUUUCUGCUAUCUGGCCUUCAUCUACUUCAUCAUCCUCGCCCACCUUCACUUCCGUGGACUCUUCUAGCAAUUCAGCCCUCCCAAGCAUUAGUUACUUUCCAACUACCCCACUUACUGGAGGCACCAGCGUGGGGGCAGAGACCAGCUCCAAAGAAGGACCCUUGGACAUGGCCAGUACUUUGGAGACGUGGAUCCCCACAGUCCAGACCACUGGAUCAUCCGACCCAGUGACCAGAAAGACAGAGAGUGUUGAUUUGGGAACCGAGACCAGCACUACUCAAGUUCCUCCAUAUUCCACUCCACUAACAAGGACCGAUGGCACUGUGGAACGCAUCACAUGGGCACCCCAUGCAACAGGACCGGGAGGCACGUCUGGGAAACCAGAGACCACGGGGAUUACUGAGACAAACACCCGUGUCCCAACUUCCACGGUUUUUCCUCCUGUCCCAGAGACCACGGCCAGCUCGCUGCCCCUCUGGCCCGAGCUGGACACCAGCUCAGCUCCUAUGUUGGAACUUCCUUCUGUACGGAUGGCUGCGGUUUCCUCCUUGAUGCUUUUCACCAUCAACUUCACCAUCACCAACCUGCGCUACAAGGACGACAUGGGGAACUCUGGCUCGUUGAUCUUCAAGGCCACUGAGAGGUCCCUGCAGGGCCUGCUGGGGUCCCUGUUGAAGAACAGCAGCAUCGGGCCUCUCUACGAAGGCUGCCAACUCACCUGGCUCAGGCCUGAGAAGGAGGGAGCAGUUACCGGAGUCGAUGUCGUCUGUAGCUACCAGCCAGGCCCCUCGGGGUUCAGGCUGGACAGAGAACAUCUGUACUGGGAGCUGAACCAGCAAACACAGAAUGCUACCCUCCUGGGCCCCUACACUCUGGACAGGAGCAGCCUCUGUGUCAAUGCUCUGGUGACCUCCACGUCCUCACCCGGACCCUCCGCCCUCCUGACGACCUUCCCCAGCUCCACAGAUGUUGAUGUCAGUACAGCCCUGGUGCCCUUCACCCUCAAUUUUACCAUCACCAACCUACGCUACACCCCAAACAUGAGCCAGCCAGGAUCGGCGAAGUUCCUCUCUCUCGAGAAGACGCUCCAAGACCUGCUCCAGCCUCUGUUUGAGAAAACCAGCCUGGGCUCUGCGUAUUCUGACUGCAGGCUGAUUCUGCUCAGGACCGAGGAAGAUGACAGUGCCACGGGAGUGGACGCCGUGUGCACCUACCGGCCUCCCGCUGUGGGGUUCAGAUUGGACAGAGAAGUGCUGUACCAGGAAGUGAGCGAGCUGACCCACAGCGCCAGCCAGCUGGGCAGCUACACCCUGGACAGACGCAGCCUCUACAUCAACGGUUACAACCGUUGGCUCUGGACACCCACGGCCAGCACGGGGACCCCCACCCUGGUGCCCUUCACCCUCAACUUCACCAUCACCAGCCUGAACUACACGGAGGGCAUGGGGGCGCCGGGGUCCGAGAUCUUCAACCUGACCGAGCGGAUCCUAGUGCGCCAGCUCCGGGUCUUGUUGUGCAACAGCAGCCUGGGGUUCCACUACUCGGGCUGCAGAGUGACCUGGAUCAGUUCAGAGAGGAGCGGCCGGGCCAUCGGAGUCAGUUCCGUCUGCACCUACCUUGCUGAGCCCCACAGCCGGAGGCUGGACCGCGAACAGCUAUACUGGGAGCUGAACCGCGAGACGCAGGGUGUCACCCAGCUGGGCCCCUUCAGCCUGGACAGUGACAGCCUCUAUGUCAAUGGGUACACGCACAGGAUCCCCCUCUCCACCCCCAGCACCACCGUGGCCAUUCCUAGCUGCUCGAACCAGUGUACCACCUCAGACUCAGUCUCCACCUCUGCGGAUACUUCUCUUCCACUCACUCCUGCAGCUCCUGGUCCUAUCCUGAUGCCAUUCACCAUUAACUUCACCAUCACCAACCUGCGCUACGAGGAGGAGAUGAAUCACCCUGAAUCCAGAAUAUUCAACAUCACGGAUCUGGUCCUGCAGCCCCUACUUCUGGCCGCGUUCAACAAUACCAGUGUGGGGCCCCACUACUAUGGCUGCAGGCUGACCCUGCUCCGGCCUGAGAAUGAUGGGGCAGCCACAAGCGUGGACCUGGUCUGCACCUACUACCAGGAUCCCGUGGGACCUGAGCUGGACAGGGAGCAGCUUUACUGGGAGCUAAAGCAGCAAACCCAGGAUGCAAGCCUGCUGGGCCCUUACAGCCUGAACCCCAACAGUCUCAUCGUCAAUGCUUCAGCUUCCGUGCCCACUCUCGCGCCCGCUCCGGCCUCACUACCCAGCACCGAGGCCCCGGUCCCCCCAACCUCUGGCCUUGUGCUGGUGCCUUUCACCCUCAACUUCACCAUCACCAACCUGCCCUAUGAGGAGGAGAUGAAUCUCUCUGGUUCCAGGAUAUUCAGCGCCACCGACCGGGUCCUGCAGCAGCUGCUCCAGCCCCUGUUCCAGAACUCCAGCUUGGGACCCCACUACUUCGGCUGCAGACUGGCCCAGCUCAGGCCGGAGUACGAUGGCGCUGCCACGGGCAUGGACAUGGUCUGUUCCUACUACUCCCCUGGCCCCACGGAGAGCAGGCUGGACAGGGAGCGGCUGUACUGGGAGCUUGACCAGCAGACACAGGGCGUCUCCCAGCUGGGGCUCUACACGCUGGACAGGAACAGCCUCUACGUCGAUGGUUUCACCUGGCAAAACCCAGUCACGACCCCCGAAAGGCUGACAUCCCCGACUUCGACUACCAUGUCCAGCACUGUCCCUGUGUCCACAACCCCUGGCCCCAUCCUGGUGACAUUCACCCUCAACUUCACCAUCACCAACCUGCCCUAUGUGGAGGACAUGAAUCGUCCAGAUUCCAUAAUCUUCAACAACACGGAGAGGAUCCUACAGCAGCUGCUCUUGCCCCUGUUCCGGAACACCAGCCUGGGGCCCCGCUACAAUGGCUGCAGACUGACCCAGUCCAGGCCAGAGAAGAAUGGACAGGCCACAAGGGUGGACCUCAUCUGUACCCAACUCCCUGACCCCUCGGGCGCAGCACUGGACCAGGAGCGGCUAUACUGGGAAAUGAGCCGGCAGACUGGGGGUUUCUCCCAGCUGGGGCCCUACAUGCUGGACCGGGACAGUCUGUACAUCAAUGGUUACAACCACCCCACCUUCACCACCACCACCGACAGAAGCCUUCAUCCUACCCUGGUGCCAUUUGCCCUCAACUUCACCAUCACCAACCUGCCCUAUGAGGAAGACAUGCGGCAUUCUUAUUCCAGAAUAUUCCACAACUUGGAUCAAAUCCUGCAGCAGCUGCUCCAGCCCCUGUUCUUGAACACCAGUUUGGGGUCCCGCUACUAUGGCUGCAGACUGACCCUGCUUAGGUCCCAGGAUGGCGGGGUGACCACCGCCGUGGACAUGGUCUGCAUCUACAGCCCAGACCCGGCGGAUAGGGAGCUGGACAGGAAACAUCUGUACGAGGAGUUCAGUCGGUACACACACGGUGGCUCCCAGCUCGGGCCCUACACGCUGAAGCCAGACAGUCUCGUGGUGGAUGGUUACAGCCGCCAGAAUCCCUGGACCACCCCCACAAAACAUAAUACGGAAGCCACCAUUCCUCCCACAGUCUCAAGUGCUUUCUUGACCUUCUCAGUCUCUGCUCCUGCCCUGGUGCCAUUCACCCUCAAUUUCACCAUCACGAAUCUCCGCUACACCGACGACCUGCAGUCUCCUAGGUCAGACAAGUUCGGCAGAGUGGAAAAGCUCCUGCAACACCUGCUCCGGUCUGUGCUGGAAAACACUAGCCUGGGGCUCCUGGAUGACGAAUGCAGACUGACCUCCCUCCGGCCUGAGAAGGACGCCACAGCGACACGAGUGGACCUGGUCUGCAGCCACCGCCCUGAGCCCCCGGGCCUGGAGCUGGACAGGGAGCAGCUGUACUGGGAAGUGAGCCGGCUGACCGGGGGACUCUCGCAGCUGGGCCCCUACACCCUGGACCCCGAGACUGUCUACGUCCACGGUUAUACCCAUCGGACUUCCAGCCCUGCACCCAGUACACCAGGACCACCCCCAGUUUUCUUCACCCUCAACUUUACCAUCACCAACCUCCGCUACACCGUGGACAUGGGGCCCCGGGGCUCCCUGAAAUUUAACACUACUGAAACAGUCCUGCAGUUUCUGCUGCGACCAUUGUUCCAGAACACCAGUGCGGGUCCCCUGUUCUCUGGCUGCCACCUCACCUUGCUCAGGCCUGAGAAGCACAGCACGGCCACAGGAGUGGACAUGGUCUGCACCCGCCACGCUGGCCCCGCGGACCCGGCGCUGGCCCCGGAGCGGUUAUACCAAGAGCUGAGCCAGCUGACCGGGGGCGCGUCCCAGCUGGGCCCCUACACCCUGGACCGGGGCAGCCUGUACAUCAGCGGUUACACCCAGAUGGCCCCAGCCACCACCCCCGAGACAGCUGCUGCCCCGAUCUUGGCAUCCUUCACCCUGAACUUCACCAUCACCAACAAGCACUACAGCAAGGACAUGAGGUUCCCGGGCUCCGAAAAGUUCAACUCCACUGACAAGAUCAUCCAGCACCGGCUCAACCCGUUGCUCGCCAAGACCUUCCUGGGUCCCUUUUAUGCUGGCUGCAGACUGGAGUCGCUCAGGCGUGAGUACGGAGGCAGUGCCACAGGCGUGGGCCUGGUCUGCGGCUACUACACGAACCCCGCGGGCCCCAGGCUGGACUGGACGGAGCUGUACUGGGAGCUCAGCCUGCUCACGCGGGGCGUCAACCAGCUGGGCCCCUUUGCCCUGGACAGGAAGAGCCUCCGCGUGAACGGUUAUGGCUUCGAAGACGUGGUGCCCUCCACCUCCACCGGGGGGCCCUCCCAGAAGUCCUUCAUGGUAAACUUCACCAUCGACAACCUGCGCUACGCUUCGGACAUGGGCCAGCCGGGCUCUCCCAAGUUCAACAUCACUGACAGGGUCUUACAGUACCUGCUCAACCCGUUGUUCUUCAAGAGCAGCCUAGGGGCCCGCUUUGGGGGCUGCAAGGUCGCCACUCUGAGGCCAGUGGAGAAUGGAGCCAAGACGGGCGUGGACUUAGCCUGCACCUAUGCCCAGGCCCCCCGCGCCCCGGGGCUCCCUGCCGAGCGGCUGUUCCACGAGCUUAGCUGGCAGACUGAGGGCAUCACCCAGCUGGGCCCCUACUCCUUGGACAAGGACAGCCUGUAUAUCAAUGGUUACAAUGAGCUGGGUCCAGAGGAGAUGCCUGAAACUCCAGAACCGGCCACCACAAUCCUGCCCUCUUCAUCAUCAACCCUACUGCCGGAAACCACCACGGCACCAGGCCCCCACCUGCAAAGUCUCACUCUCAACUUCACCAUCACCAACCUCCCCUACUCCACGGACAUGAGCUACGGUUCCGCCAAAUUCAACAGCACCGAAAGGAUCCUGAAGGGCCUGCUUGAACCCUUGAUCCGGAGGAGUGUCCUGGGUCCCUUCUACUCUGCCUGUCACCUGACUUCGCUCAAGCCGGAGGAGGACAGGGUGGCAACCAGCGUGGACGUGCUCUGCCUGUACUACUCUGACCCCAAGAGCCUGGGGCUGGCCCGGGAGCGGCUGUACUGGGAACUGUACCAGCUGACCCGAGGCGUCCAGCACUUGGGUCCCUACAACCUGAUUCAGGACAGCCUGUUGGUGGACGGCUACGCACCCCACAGGGCCUCUCAGCAGAGCGAAUUCCAGCUCCACUUCCGCAUCGUCAACUGGAAGAGCAGCAGCGGCUCCCCAGAAUUCACUGCCCUGGAGAGGGACAUUCAGGACAAGGUGACGGGGGUCUACGUGGGCAGCCGGCUCCAGGACGCGUUUCUCUCCUGUCUGCUCACCAAUGUGACGUUGGAUCCCCUGCGGGUCACCGUUGCGGCCCUUUUCUCCUCUGAUGUGGACCCGGAGGAGGUGGCGGGGGUCUUCCUGAACAGGACCCUGAAUGCCUCUUCCCACUGGCUGGGCGCCACCUACCAGCUGGCCGAUGUGCACGUGACAGGCCCGCCCACCAGCUCCCAGCACUUCCAGCUGAACUUCACUGUCACCAACCUGCCCUAUUCCCACAACCUGGCCCAGCCGGGCACUGCCCAGCACCUGCGAAACAAGAGAGGCCUGGAGGAUGCGCUCAACCGGCUCUUCCGAAACAGCAGUAUUAAGAGCUAUUUUUCGAACUGUGAAGUUUUAGCGUUCAGGCCUGUCCCCAACAAUCGGCACACGGGGGUGGAUUCCCUGUGUGACUUCUUGCCCCUGGCACGGAGACUGGACCGCGUGGCCAUCUACGAGGAGUUCCUGAGACUCACCCAGAACGGCACCCAGCUCCAGAACUUCACCCUGGAUGGGAGGAGUAUCCUGGUGGAUGGCUACUCGGUCCCCCGACCUGAAGCCUUGACCGGGAACCCUGAACUCCCCUUCUGGGCCAUCAUCCUCAUCGGCCUGGCCGGGCUCCUGGUGCUCAUCCUCUUCCUCCUCUGCUGCUUCCUGGUCACCCUCUGCUUGAGGAGGAAGGAGGAAGAUUACGAGGUCCAGCGUCGCCAGCUCUAUUACCUGACCCAUCUGGACCUGAGGAAGCUGCACUGAUGGACUCUGGCUCGGGCCCAUCUCCCCACCCUCUCCCCCCAAUCUCCAAGUUUCAAGGAAACUUGACUGUCA